AUGAGGCCGCCACUCGUGGAAAGACGGCCGCAAGUACACUCAACCGGUCAAGAUCCAGCUCGACUUGAAGGCAAGACUGUCUCGAACAACAAGAACGGAAGCUAUGAGGCGGCGCGAGAGGCGUGUAUACGCAGAGUACAGACAAUCGUGCGGGAAUGUCAGCGGCACAAUCGGAAGUUCCAGGACGAAGACUUCGACAUACACGAUGAUUUCAGAUAUACCUUGUGUAAAGACAGCGAAUUCCUUCACGGCCUUCCGACACCUCAGUCCAAAUCGACAGACCUUUUACCUGUUCCUCCUCCGCCGCCACCUGCCCUGCCUUUUGAGCAAAGGCGGCAUUGCGAAGAGUGUCCCGAGGAUGGCCCAUACCGAAAAGGCCGCGUGGCCAGCACAGAUGCGACGAAGCAUCCUCGUGCAGUUCACAGGAUAUCAGAGAUAUUUGAAAAGCCUUUACUCACGCCGAGGGCGCCGAAAAGCUACCUAGCUCAUCCACCUGGCCCAAGCUCUCGAUUGCUUUUUUAUAUCCAAACUCACCUUAGAAAGUUCGGCGUUCUGCUGGAGAAUCGCACUGGACUAGUGACCCGCUGCAAGGCUGGUCGAGAGAAGCUGCCCCGGGUACAAGUGCCUCAAUGGACGCUCCGCGUGAGCGCAGUCAUAUGCGCAGUAUGGUCGAUUCUCUAUCGAAGGGUGGAGAUCCUGCUUGCUGCAUAUCUUUGGACAACGACUGCGACGCUGGUCCUCGCUCGAUUCUCCAAUCUUCUAAGCAUCCGUUUGACGCUCGAAUGGCUGUUCGUCAAUGCUUGUCUCGCAGGUGUGCUGCGUGUGUCGACGACUAUGGAAGCUCGAGCAAGUUGCUUGCAUUUCGAUUCUGGCGAGAUACGACAAAGCGACAAUCUAGGAAAUUGCUGGUGGUUAUCUGCACUCGCGACUCUCGGCAGUCGUGACGAAUUGCUUCGCAAGCUCUUCGUAGCCUGGGAUCAAGACUGUGGCGUCUACGGAUUCUGCUUUUAUCGCGAUGGGAGCUGGAUCUACACCGUGGUCGAUGACUAUCUCUACUUGACAUCUCCAGACUUUCAAGGAAGUGGCGACAAUCCACCCGAUGACAGGAGCGGGAGGAGAUAUCAAGCCUGGAAAUCUAGCUUCCAACGAGGAUCAGAUGCAUUGUUUUUCGGCAAGUGUCAAGAUCCGAACCAGACGUGGCUCCCUCUUCUCGAGAAAGCGUACUCUAAGAUACAUGGUGACUAUGAUGCUGUGCACGGAGGCUGCCCGAGCGAAGCUGUCGAAGACCUGACCGGUGGUCUUAGAUGGGUACGAUUGCUAGAGAUUCGAAAUCCGUGGGGGUGUAGAGAUGGCGUUUGGGAAGGUGCCUGGGGCCCCUGUUCAAAGGAAUGGAGUCUCCUGUCAACAUGGUUCCUGCGACGCAAUCCACAGCAAGAUGGUGUUUUCUUCAUGACUUACGAGGAUGCCAUGGCCACAUUCGAUUCCGUUGAACGGACAAGACUCCUCGAUGAACAAGACUGGUGCAUAAAACAAUCUUGGGUGAAAAUGGACGUCGCAUGGGCACAGCAGUACAAUCCGGUCUACUUCACCGUGCACCUGACCAAGCCAUCCGAGGUCGUCUUCGCAUUAUCUCAGCUCGAAGAUCGGUACUGGCUUGGGCUCGUCGGUCGUUAUGUCUACCAUCUCACAAUCUUGAUACGAAAGCGAGGCGAUGAAGACGGCGAAUACAUUGCCUGCGAGUCUGCAGGCGACGAAGUCCAAAGCUGCGCAAGACGAAGUGUGACGGUUGAGAAGCACUUGGAAGCAGGUGAAUAUGAGGUUCUCGUGAGGAUCAAUGCUCUCACUCGAGGCACGGAGAACAUCUGGAGCGUCGAAGACACAAUCCGACAAUCCAUGCAUCGCCCGAAGAAACUUCAACAAAUUUCUCGGAACUACGAUGAGGCGUUCAGCAAACUCAGAACCGUGCUUCCGUCCGGCAGAUUUGAACAUUCUCUACAGUCCUGCGCAUCUUCGGACACGGACUCGGCCAGUAGCUCGGAUGUUUUCGAUGCGGUGAAAAGUACCACGAAGAUGAUAUCUAAGCCUGAAGAUGCGGCUUGGAAUGCUGUUUGUGGCAUCGGGCUACGCGUCUUUAGUAAGGAUCCGGAGCUGUAUAUUGAGCUGUGUCAUCGUCAAAGCGAUGUCAGAGAGUGGGCUACGUGCACAAGUGGCUCGCGCUCUGGUGUCCUUACACCUUCUACCGAUACUUCCUCGGAGGCGGACAGUGAAGAGGAAUGGCAUGAUUUGGACGAAUUGGUCACACCUUGCUUAAAUGCAGACGGUGAUGGAGUGGAGGUUACAGAUACAGCAUGUGAGGACGCCAUGGCAAGCGGGUCCCGCACAAUCGAAGACGAUGAUGACGACGACGACGACGAUGAUGAUGUGGCAUUGCGGAAACUGGGCUGGAUCGGAGCAUGA